CGCUAUUUUGGAUUCAUUAUAUUUUUUAGUCUGGAUUGAGUUGUUACAUCGCGAUAUCGACAUCUGUACUAUACUGUUAGUAAAGAUAUUAAAAGAUGUUUCUGAAAGAAUAUAGGGUUUGCAUGCCCCUCACUGUGGAAGAGUACCGCAUAGGGCAGCUAUACAUGAUAGCACGCCACAGUGCUGAGGAAACCAAAGGAAGUGGUGAUGGGAUAGAAACGGUAGUCAACAAGCCGUGUAGUGACGAAGAACAUGGGGAGGGUUUCUACACAGAGAAGAAGAUGUAUCUCACAAGUCGAAUGCCAGGCUGGGUCCAGUCUAUGAUACCGAGAAUAUUCUAUGUCACAGAGAAAUCUUGGAACUAUUACCCUUUCACAAAAACAGAAUACACAUGCUCCUUUGUUCCCAAAUUCUUGAUUGAGAUUGAGACAAAUUACGAGAACAACAAUGGAUCCUCUGACAAUGCAGUGGACUUAAAUGAGGAGAUGCUUGCAUUAAGGCAGGUGGAUUAUGUCGACAUUGCUUUUGAUCAACUAUCCAGUGGAGAGUAUGAUGAAAAACAGGACUGCACAAAGUUCCAGUCUACGAAGACAGGCAGAGGUCCUCUAAUGGAGGGUUGGAGAGACACAACGCAACCCAUUAUGUGCUCAUAUAAAGUGGUGAAGGUAUUCUUUGAAGUGUGGGGACUACAAAGCAAGGUGGAAUCGUCAGUGCAUAGAGCAAUUAGAGAUAUCUUGAUCAGGGGGCACAAGCAAGCAUUCAUUUGGAUGGAUGAAUGGUUUGGAAUGACAUUGGAAGAUGUUCGGAAAUAUGAGGAUGAGCUUCAACAACAAACAAAUGCAAGAGUUGUUCAUGGAUUGAACACACAAGAAGCUUCAUAAGCAUGCAGAUCAUGACAAUAAUUUAUUAUUACGAAAUUUUAUUUUUUAUUUCUCUAAAUUGUUUGUCGUUCUGUUUGUGAAGCAUGAAGACUAUAAUUAUGUCAAUUAUAUAAAUCAAUUUUAUAAUUUGUUGGAAAUAACAUUAUCAUAUAAUUAUAUAUACAUUACACACA